AUGGGGGGAAUCAUUUCUCAAAUGAAUGCACUUAGACUUUCCUUGAUAACUGAAGUGGUUUUUGGGAUCCGUACUAUCAAGGCAUAUGCGUGCGAAAAUGGUUAUAGGGAGAAAAUACGGAGCAAAAGGAGAAAAGAAAUUGGCAUCAUCCGUAGGAACACUUCAGUCCUGUCCUGUAUUGCAACUCUGGAGUACACUUCUGCACCAAUAGCAACCCUGCUGUCUGUCAUCUCUCUGAUAUUAACUGGUCAGCCCCUCACGCCCAGCAGUGUCUUCCUGAUCCUAUCUUACGUUAAUAUCCUCAAGCGUAGCGUCUGCUCUGAAUUAGCCCAGGGUUUCUUGAAAACAAAUGAAGCGUACGUCUCCCUCAGUAGGAUAGAAGACUACCUUCUUUUAGAGAACCUGCCUUUGACUGCCUCUUACCGGUUAAACGAGAAGAAAGAGUAUGUAGAAAGAAGCCCAGACAUUCUAGAGAACCCGUCAAAUAAUCUAGUUGAUUUUACAGAAGCCACGUAUGAUAAAAAUACUAACAGCCGAAAUUACAGUGAACCACAGGGAAAUCUGCAUGUCUCAAGUUUAACGCACAAACAAACGAAAAGGAAGGACACAUUCAUCUUACAAGAUGUGGAGUUCGACACCGUGCUAAACAGUUUCACAGCGGUAACUGGACCAGUUGGCAGCGGAAAAUCUACCCUUCUUUCGGCAAUCGCUGGCGAGUUGUCAAAUGUGAGUGGAACAAUUUCUUUUAAUGGAACGUUCGUCUAUGUACCCCAGACAGCUUGGGUUUUCUCUGGAACUGUUCGUGAAAACAUUCUAUUCGGUCAGCCAUACGAUGAAAUCAGGUACGUUAGGACAACUGAGGUUUGCGCCCUCACUGAAGACAUUCGGAAGUUUCCGAACGGGGACCAAACAUAUGUUGGAGAGCGCGGUGUCACCCUAAGUGGAGGUCAGCGUGCAAGGAUUAGUUUGGCACGGGCAGUAUACUUAGAUGUAGAUUUGUAUUUGUUAGACGAUCCUCUAAGUGCAGUGGAUUCGAAAGUUGGCCAACAUAUAGUGAAAAACUGCAUCAAGGGGCUUUUAGGCAACAAAACACGAUUGAUAGCUGCUCACCAAGAGGAACACUUGAAAGAAGCCGACCAAGUGAUUGCGCUGCGCCGAGGUCGAGUUCUUGGAAAGGGAAAGUUUUCGGAGCUUCAAGAAAGAUGUAUUGUAAACGGCAGCAAUGGAACUGUGUUUCACAAGGUUUCGAAAGAAAUGAAGUCCGCCAGCGGUAACAUGGAAAAGAUCACGAAGGGAGACGGUGGAGUGGCACAACCAACCGAUGGGGAAAAGGACUUGGAUAUUUCUGAAGAGGAUCGAAACAGUGGAAAUAUGUCAUCCAAGCUUUACUGGAACUACUUUAGAAGCGGGAUUAGUACUUUAUCGAUUAUUGUAACAAUUUGUUUCCUUCUGAUUUCCCAAGGAAUUCUUGUGGCUCCUAAUGUGUGGCUGGCGUUUUUGGUGAAGAAACCACCAGAAGAGCAGGGACACCAAAGCACACUUAUCAUUUAUGGUUGCUUGUUCAGUGCUUCAGUCAUUUUUGUCUACAUAAGAGCAGCUGUGUUCUUGUUGGUGAGCUUGAGAUGUUCUGAAAGACUUCAUGACAAAAUGGUGGUGGCUGUUCUACAAGCACCUGUGUUGUUCUUUGACUCGAAUCCCGAGGGUAGAAUUCUCAACAGAUUCUCCAUGGACAUCGGUCUAUCACUAGCUUAUGUCAUCCAGGCUGUUGUCUUAGCUCAAAUUACCGUCAGAGAAUUAGCAGAUGUCGAGACUUUUAUGGCGUCAGUCGAACAAGUGAUGGCAUAUACCGAGCUAGAUCCUGAACCUGGGUACAAACAGCAACAACUUCCACCGGGGCAGUGGCCCAACGAAGGAAAGAUCACCCUCCAAGACUUUUCACUGACUUACUAUCCUGGAGGUCCUCAAGUGCUGAAGGGCAUCAAUGUGUCCAUCAAAGGAGGUGCAAAGAUCGGUGUAGCGGGUCGUACAGGAGCUGGAAAAUCAUCAAUUGUAGCAGGUCUUAUGCGCAUGCCUGACCCAGACGGACAAAUGAUCGUUGAUGGCAUUGAAUUGAAAGAUCUCAACAUUCAAGCAGCUCGAAGAUUCAUCUCUGUCCUUGGCCAAAACCCCGUCAUCUUUGGUGGCUCUUUACGCAAAAAUCUUGAUUUCGAAGAGCGAUUCGAAGAUGCUGAUUUGUGGCGUGUGUUAGAGGAUGUCCAGCUGAGAGACUUUGUGGAGAAACUCGAUGGGCAGCUGAAUUAUGAAUUGUUAGAACAAGGGUCAAAUGUUAGUGUCGGAGAACGGCAACUGAUUUGUUUGGCCCGUGUGCUGCUGCAAGAAAAUCAGAUCGUCAUCUUGGACGAGCCUACUGCGAACGUGGAUCCAGAUACAGAACAAACCAUCUGGCAGGUAGUACGCAAGAUGCUGAAGAAUUCCACAGUCAUCAUUAUAGCACAUCGUCUGCACACUAUCCAGGACUGUGACAAGAUUCUUGUUUUCCACAAUGGUGAUGUCUCCGAAUAUGACAGUUUGGAUGAGGCCAGCGAACACCUCAUAUGA